AUGAAACGAAGCGUCGCAACAGCUCUGUUAACACUGACAGUACUGGGUAUCUUGUUUGUUCUGUUGGGAUUUGAAGAAGUGUCGAACUUGAGUUCCUUAUUGAAUUCUGUGAUUGGAGACGAGAAGGAACAAACGCACGAAAAACAACGGCAAGUUUACAAUCAUACAAGUACCAAUCUCACAAGCUCAAGUGCCAACUUGACCUUAUCCAGUACCGGUACGAGUAGUAACAGUACCAAUGCCACCACAAAUACAAAUACCAGUACCAACACAUCAGCCAACAGCAGCCAUGCCGAGACAGAGGAUACCCCCAAGUUUUUAACCUUAUCCCAAGCUACAAAGGAAGAGCCACAUGUUCCUGAGACAGCAGCUCCUGAGCCUGAAGAAUCUGUAGGACCUCAACCUGAAGAACCAGUGCCUGAACAAGCAGAAUCAGCUCCUCAGUCAUCUGCCCCUGAACCUGAACAAUCAGCAGCAGUCCCUGAAAAAGCCAGUGAAGCUUCUGAACUUUCAGUAGCAGUUCCAGUACAAACUCCAGAUCCUCAGCCAUCAGAUUCCUCAGCUCUUCUUCAAGUUCAAGAAGUACAUGUACCACAAGAAACACAAAUAGUGGAGAGACCCAAAUUGUGGAUUCACGUAUUACGGUGGGGAGAAGGCAUUGCCUCUUGGAAAAUCACAUUCAAGGAAAUACUCGCCAUGGCCAAGUACACCGAUGCUGUCGUGGUGGAACCGUGUAUCGGUGGUGGGAGACUCAUCUCGUGUCGACAAUACAUUGAUCCUAAUUCAGCACAAAUAAUGAACAUGACAAUAACAAUGAAACCAGAAACCAUUCGAUUUGGAGAUGUCUAUGACCUGGACCGGGUACGAGCCGUUUACCCUCACGUCGCAUCGUAUGAAGAAUUCGCACACGCCACGGGAUACCGCUACAAUGCCACCACCGGACGACUCGACAACUCAGUAGAACUCCAGCAAAACACAUUCCACGCGUGUCUGGCACGAUCGGGAUGUCGACCGGGAGAACCACAAACGACCUAUCGGAAAAACAAACAGGUCGAAAUUGACAAGGCCGCAAAAAAUGCACGCAAAAAACGAAAAGUCACAGUCCUCGAAAUUCACUACCAAGAACGCGAUUCCAUGCGACGAUGGAGAGUCCCCAAUGUGCCGGGUAAGAAUCCACCACUCAUUAGCGAUUCCCUGGGGGGCAUUCAACCCGAACAACUGCUCCGAUUCCACAAACGACACUACGAUCAAGUGGAUUACAUGCUACACAACUCGCUCAAUAUUUCACAAGGAGCUCCCUACGCGGCAUUUCAAUGGAGGCCCGAACGAAUGAAAGAAGACUACAUUCCGUGUGCACAAGCCAUUCUGAAUGCCCGCGACACGAUCAGUAAGCAAGACAACAUUCCCAAAGAUCAAUUUGUGCUCAUUUCUCCACUCAGUUUGGUACCCUCACUCCAGUGGGGACCCCUAGCGAAAGAGGCCGAUCAAUCUCCCAAUACAUCCUAUCCAUCGCUACAACUACUACUCGAUGCCGGGUUUAAAAAACUCGAACAAUCGGCAACCUUUACAGAUGCCAUUCCCGAUGAAGUCUAUCUCGUCAUUUACGAUUUUAUACUCGCCGAAAAGGCACAGACAUUCACCACCUGCAGUGAUUGUUCCGGCAAUGACUACUGCAGCAGAUGCAAUUGGCAGGGACGAGCAUCCAAAUAUGCCAUUAGUUUGAGACAAGAAGCCACAAGAGGAAGGGGGAAAAUCAAUACUUGCUGGCCCACGACGGGGCCACAACAACAACAACAACAGCAAAGGCGGCUGCACAAUAUCAUGGAAGAAACCACCAGUCUUCUGUGGUAG